AUGCAUCCGUCCAUCGCAAACCUCUCGUCGCGCUUGCACCUGUGUGCUGGAGACGUGCCGCCUCCGCUCGUCGGUGCCUCGGCCACGCUGGUAGAGCACGCUCACCAUGGCGCCCCGUCCACCGCCCACGUCUACCUCUUUGGCGGCCGUCUCGUGAGCAGCCGUCGCAUGGUCAACUCGCUCUACCGCCUUGACCUCGACCACAUGAAGUGGUCCAAGCUCACGCCCACCACCAAACCUCUCUCGUCGGACUCUGGCUCCUCGGCUCAAUCCUUGCCCGCACAUCCGCAGCCACGCUACUUCCACUCGGCCGAUCUGUGGAACGACAAGAUCAUCUUCUUUGGCGGCAUGGGCUACUCCCAGCGGCCCAGCCAAGAUGCCAACGCCGCCAAUGCCGCCGCCACGCCUGCAGACGAGCUCUGCGUGCUCGACGAGCUGCUCGCCUUCGACCUCACCACCCAGCAGUGGGACUACUCCUUUGACGUCGUCUCGCGCCACUUUGACGUACAGCCCUCGGAAUCGUCCACCGACUCGCUCCGCCCGGCGCCGCGCUACGCCCACCUCUCGUCGCUCUCGGGCGACACGCUCUCCAUUGUCGGCGGCCAGAACCUCGCGAACCAGUACGUCGAGUCGAUCAACCUCUUCAGCCUCUCGCGCAAUCAGUGGAUCGGCGCACAGCGCUUCCGCAAGCAGUGCGGCAGCUACCGAUCGCUCGCCGUAGGCGCAAAGUCGCUCUACAAGAACGGCGAAAAGGCAAAGUGCUAUCCGCGCGCAAAGGAUCCGCUCGAGGCCGCAGACGCCAACGGCGCGCAACAACCUUCCGCCUCGCCGUCCACAUCGAGCGCUCCAGCACCAUCCAACGCCAACGCUUCGCCGUCAAAGCCGGCCCAGGUAGAGCAGAAUCCGCUCCCCAUGAGCUACACCCCGGCCGCCGCCGAGCCGCUGCCCGUCUACCUCUACUCGAACUACAAUUUCACCGACGUGCGCAGAGAGCUCGAGGUGCUUACGCUUCGAGCCGAUGCCGACGCCAGUCCUGCUUCCAACGAUGCCGACAAGGCGCAGCAGAAGCGCUCGCGCAGCGCCUCGAAUGCCUCUCAGGACUCGGCGCUGGAUGUCGACGGCCCACUCACCCCGUCGCAGGCUUCUGCGCCCGCCUCCUCGGGCCCAUUUGUGUCCAUGCAGGACCGCUCCAACCACAUGGGCGGCGUCACGCUGCCGCCCGGCUUGCGAUUCCCUACGGGUGCACUGCUGGGUCCGUACCUGCUCAUCUCGGGCACCUAUCUCGCCAACGCCACGCAGAGCUUCUCGAUCUGGGCGCUGCAUCUGCCCACCAUGGUGUGGUCGCGCAUCGAGUCCGGCUCCGCGCUCUCGACGGGCAGCUGGAAUCGCGCGCUGCUUUGGCCCGCCAAGAAUCGCCUCGUCGUUGUCGGGCACAAGGAGCGCGACCUGGUGAGUGACUACAACCACCGUCAGACCAACUGGGACCAUGUGGUGGUGCUCGAGCUCGAGGCGUGGGGCAUCUACCAGCCGCCCGCCUCGCCGCUCUCGGAAGCGGCGGUGCAGCUGGGCCUGGACAAGCUCGCUGCAUCGGCACCCUCGGCCAUGGCAUCCGCCCACGCGCUGGCGCGCAGCGGCGGUGGUGCGCUCGGCAGGCCGAAUGCAACCGACGCCACGUCUCCCACCGCGCCGGAUGCUGGUGCUGCGACGCCGGAAGACGGUGUGGAGCAUGCUGUCGAGCAAGGGCUCGAGGCGCUCAGCCUGGGCGGGCGCGGCGACUUUGAGAUUGUCUGCUCGGACGGAUUGCGCAUCGGAUGCGACCGUGCGCUGCUCGAGGCGCGCUGGGCGUGGUUCCGCACCAAGAUGGACGAGUUCCGCCGCAAGGCGCGCCGCACGCUGCGCAUCGCCUACCCGGCCACCAACGAUCAGUUUGGCCUGGGCAUCAUCCCGGAAGACAUUGCCGACUUUCUCGCCGAGGAAGACGAUGAGGACGACGAAGCGAUCGACCCGCUCGUUGCGCCGUCCGGCAACAAGGAUGCGGCCAAGCAUCGCGUCAAGGAUCCUCGCUUCCAGCCGCGCCAUCUGCAGAUCUCGGAGCCGUCGCCGGUGGUGCUGGCGCUGCUGCAGUACAUCUAUACGCUGCGCAUCGGCACGGCGCUUCAGAGGCACCCGGCGGUGGUGUGUGCGCUCAUGGUGCUGGCGAGGACGUACGGGAUGGAGGAGCUGGCGGUCUGGGCGAGCCAUGCUGCUCAUGUUGCGCUUGCCGACGAUCUCAACCCCAAGACGUCGGGCUCGGCGCGGGGGACCGAUGCGCUCUCGCCGUCGUCGUCCAUGACGCAUGCCAUGGACGCAGGUGAGAGCGGCGGACUGGAGCUCUUUAGGCCGGCGGAGUCGCUGGGGCUGCAUCCCGAGGAGCGACAUCGGCUGGCGGUGUGCCUGUACGAGGCGGCGUCGCUGUGCGGGUGCGAGGGGCUGCAGAUCCGCGCGCUGCGCGUCGUCAUGGCCAUCGCGCGCUGGCUGCAGAAGCACGGCGCGGCUCCCAACGGCGGAGGCGGCGGAGCUGCACUCGACAAGCAGCAGGGACGGGGCGAAGGCGCAUCGCGCGAUCGAUCCGGCUCGUCGUCGCACCACGCCAGCGGUAGCAACGGCGCUGGCGCCACCCAGCUGUCGUCGGGCACAUUGCGUGGCGCGAGCAGCUCCAACUAUCGCAACGCCAUGGUAGGGGGUGGUUUGAGUGCGGGCGCAUCGCCCAUGCUGCAGAUGCCGUCGCCGGUGCCGUCGAUGUCCAUGUCGCGCGCCGGGUCGGACACGGCGAGCUCGCACGGCCCACUCACGCCCAACUCGGUGUACCAGAGCUUCCUGGACCGACGCGGCGAUUCGUUCUCGUCGUCGACGGAUGCGGCGCCGGCGUACGGCAGCGCACUGGCGUAUCUUAACGAGGUCGAGUCGCUCGAUGACCACGAGGGGCCAGACCAUCGUAAGCUUACUUCGGCGCAGGAGUUUAGCAGCACCAGGCUGGACAAGAUCGCCGAGACGGCGACGGGGGUGUUGCCAGAGGUGUCGACGACCAUGGUGGCGCCGCACGAGGCGGGUGCGACGGAGGCGAGUGCUAGUGGCGGAUCGACGCGCAAGCGGUUCAGCCUGUUUGGGCGUGGCAUGGUGGCGAGCAGCACGCCGCAGGUGGCCGAGCCGGUGGCGGAGGAGGUGGCGCGAUGCGAGAGUUCGGUGGGCGAUGCGAUGCAGCCCGGGACGACGCUGCUGGACCGACGCGCGAGUUCGAGCCAGACGUCGUCGCCGCUGCUGGCGAGUGACGACUGGUCGAGCCGAUUCCGGCUUCCGCGCCAUUCGAUGAGUUCGCGCGAUGCGACCGCCACAACGAGCGCUGCAUCGUCUGGGCUCAAUUCGCCUGCGCUGACGAUGGACCCUAAGCGUCGGCAUUUGCAGACGUCGGCGGCUUCGUCGCCGGCAAGCGAGCAGUUUCCAGUCAACUCGUACGGCCCACGCUCGGAGCAGGACCAAGCUUCGCGGUCGGCGUCGCAGCACAGUCUCUCGACGGAGGCGAGCGCGACGACGAGUGGAUUGGAACGCAGCGGCUCGAGUGCUAGCGUGCAUGCGGCGGUGACGGGGACGCCGUUGGUGGGGAUUGAGAUGGCGCAGGAUGUGAGCCAUCUGUCUGGCAAGGCGAUCGCCAAGCUGCAGCGAGAGGAGCGCAAGCGGGUGGAGCGCGAGGAGAAGCAGCGCAAGAAGGCGGAAAAGGCCGAGUACAAGCGUCUGGCUGCCGAGGCGGUGUUUGGACCCAAGGGCAGUGCGGGCCCGUCGCCGGCGCUGUCGAGCAGCGACUUUGCCAUGUAUACGGCUGGAACGGCGGGCGAGGCGGAGCGUUCGGAUUCGCAUAGCGGCACGAGCACCGCCAGCCCCCGCACGGGCAGCAGUUUGAGGACGGCGUAUAGUCCACGCUCGCCUGCUACCACCGCGCCCGCCAAGCGUGGAGAGUGGUCGGUCACCACGGCGAAUACGGCGAGUCCGUGGUUCAGCGCUCCGCCGCCCAUGAUGAGCGCACCUGGUCUCAAGGGUAUGCCGAGGGGAAACAGGAGCGCUAGCUCGCUCAGCGGUCGCAGCUCCGCCAAGACGAGGCUCACGUCGUAG